AUGUCGCCCUUGGCAGCAACUGUCGACGCGUUCCAAACAGCCACACAGCAGCAACAGUUCGCGCACUGCCUCGCGGCCGCAAUGCUCCACGAAAUAUUGCUCUCACUGUCCGGUCAUCCGUCAGCACUCUUCGACACCGGCGCCACCUCAGGGCACGUGAAUUCUACCACAAGUCAUCUCCUUUCACCGCCUGAAGCUGAAUUGUUGUCAUCCAUCGGACAUCUGUCGCGCUUGCAUCGUAAGGUUCGAGAUCAUGCCGCUAGAAUCGCCACGACCCACCCGUCGACGGUCUGUCGCGCAGUGGCAGCCGCAGUCACUUCGCAUCACCUCGAAUCAUUCCAGCGAAAGAUACUCGAUGUCGAGAGCAGGAUUCUAAAGCAAGACGCAUCAACUGUUGGUGCUUACAACAUUGUGCCAUUGGCUGGCAUCGUUGGCGAAUUUUCUGAGUGGAUUCGGCUACUAGAGUGGUUAUGGGAGUUGAGCACUUUUAUGUUGUCGCCACAUGUCCAGCCGAAUGCAGAAAAAGGUCUUGUUGGAGCCUCUUCUGGGGCACAAGUCAUUGACAAGCUGCGGAUGGAGGCCCAGACUGGGCAUCCCACGAUCGAAGAAGCAGCCAACCAAUUAGGGGACGUUGCGGAAACAUCUUGGCUAAGACAGCUAUCGACAUGGCUCUUGUAUGGUCGCUUACCAUCAUUCGGAGCGAUAGAUUUUUUCGUACACCGAGACGAAGAGGACUCUGGUGAGCUGUUGUUUGUAAUCAAUCACCAACUCUUGCCUAAGUUUGUUACUCGUCAAACAGCCUCUUCGAUCCUUUUCGUUGGUAAAUCACUCAAUCAGAUUAGGUCUGUGCCACCUAGCAUAAGAGCCGACAACGCGCCGUCAAAUAUCUCGGAGCUUGAUCUUCUACCAAGCCAUGUAGAAAUGUUGUCUGUGGUUCGCGCACCGAUCAUAGCUGCAGAGCUCGCCGAAGCAGUCACUAAGAUUCGGUUAUCUUUAUCUCGAAAUCUACUGCAGUAUUUGCUGCCACGGAACAGAAUUAUUGAAACGCUCACUGUCCUGCACCAGUUCUUUCUUCUUGGCAGAGGCGAAUUUGCGAUGACGCUUAUCACAGAAGCGGAUGCGAGAAUUUCGGCCAGACAUCGAGGGCCACUUCCUAUCAGGUCAAAUACCACGAAAGGUGUUGUGAUCAGAGAGGCUGAAAUCAGCCAAACGCUAGCACGCUCUUUGGCCGUUCUCUCCACGCUAUCCGGCAACGAUGAGCACACUGAUGAUAUACUUGAAGUUGCUGCAAGGGUGCUACAUCUCACAUUGAAAGAGUCGCCCAGUAAUCGACCAGGCACUCCUGGGCGGGCGAAAGACGCGGAAUCCGUCCUGCCACAGAUUCUCGACCUGUCAUUCAACGAACUACUGCUCUUAGCGCCAUGUUCUCUUUUCAUGGAUGUUCCCUUUCCCUUGGAUCUUUUUAUCACCAGAGGGGAUGUAGAGGUAUAUUCUUCCAUCCAUGCAUACCUGCUUGCAAUUCGACGAGCUCAUCUCCAUCUUGCUCAAUUAUGGCGACAAAGUUCCAUCCGCCGAGAUCAUCCAUGUCCUCCAGGGUACCAGUACAGCAAUUCAGCACACGGCAAAUUGAUUCUGGAUCGGCGCCGCCGCAGAGCAGUAGAGCGCACAAGGUCUAUGCGCAAAGUGUGGGCCACUUGUGCAGCGGCAGUCUUUUUCCUUGCCGAAAGCGAGGAUUACUUCCAGGGGACGGUGGUACAGGGAAUGUUUGACCAUUUCCUUUGCUGGGUCGAUAGUGCCCACAGUCCACAGUCGCACGAGCUUUCAGAGUUAUCCCAUAACAACCGAGACAUGUCUGCCACUUCAACGGAGACUUGGCAGCAGCACGACCCAGAAGCCCUUGGUCUUGCACAUCGCAGGUUUCUAUCAUCUGUUGGCUACUCACUACUUCUCACCGAUCCUGUGUUUUCCAAAUCACUACGGAAUUUCUGCACCCAUGUAGACGAGUUGGUAGCAUAUAUCGCACGUCUUACAGGUAUUCAGCAAAAUCUGGAUCUAGAGGAAGACGAAGGAAUCGAAGACUUUGCGCAGAAUUACAAAAAGGAGGAGAAGGAUGUACUGGUGGAGCUUGAUCGUGCCCGAAAACGACUCGAUGGCGAUCUCAAAGGUUUAGUUGAGCGACUGAGAGAGAUCGAUAACGAGCGUAUCGGUGCGUCUGUACCUAUUGUCAUAGGGACCUCGCAACAAGGGGACUUAGAGUACGACCCUCUUAGAGUAGGAGGGAUUGAUCGGCUGCUUAUGAAGCUAGAUUGGGGUAGUGAGUACGAAGAGGCUGAUAAAGCAAUAGAUCUUCUCUAG